UUGUCUUAUAGUUAGGCCUCCUUCUAACAUAUCAGAGAUAGAGUCCUUGGCUUGGGUUGGCCACAAGGACUUCUUCACAUCAGGGAAGUAGUGAAUAUGGCCUCCACCGGGGAGGGAUCGGAACAUUUCCCUCACUCUCUCAAAGAACUGCCUACAACAGGUCCAGCCAGUGGUUAAUGUACGCUAAGGUAUUGUUUGUCCUGUCUGUUGGUUGUCGCUACGAUGCAGGAAGGAGUGAAUAUGGCCUCCACCGGGGAGGGAUCGUAACAUUUCCCUCACUCUCUCAAAGAACUGCCUACAACAGGUCCAGCCAGUGGUUAAUGUACGCUAAGGAAGGAGUGAAGAUGGCCUUCACCGGGGAGGGAUCGGAGCACGGCACUACGCUCGUUGCCGUUGGUAUCCUGGAAUCGGGAGUUGGUACCGAAGACUUUCGGAGAGAUCCACCGUGUUUACAAAUAUCGCAUUCAACUAGGCACCCUAGCUUUGAAGCCUUUCCCAAAUACCAACAACGAUUUAUAGAACAAGCCGGAACCGACCAUGAUGAUCAGCCUUCUGGGGGUCAAAGGACCUUAGCUAUGCUAUCUCCACCGUCUAACCAAGCAUUUAAGAACAAGCAGCCAACACUGGGACUCAUCCACGUUCAAAUCUUCGUGUCUGCAUUUGGACACGAUGGCCGUGCCUUGUGCACAAUUGCAAUAGGGUACGGCGUCAAGCCCACGCUGCGUACUUCAAUAGUAAACAAAAAAGAAGUACAGAUGCAUGGGAUCUUCCGAAAUGAGCUGACCAUCAACACACCGGACGUAAAUAGGGACAUUCUGAUGAAGAUUUAUGCAGAGGACGUAUCAUACUCGUCCGAAAGACCGGAAGGAAUAUACUAUGUUUCCGACUGGGAUAAAGCCGUUUUUAGUGACGAAAACCCAAUCAAGCUGAGAAUCAGUGACGGAUGCAUGGAGACACGAUCAGCUGUAAUCCACUCCAGAAAUCGAAAAAUCGAAAGUCUUUCUCUUGGUGUGUCAUACUCCAAUGGAGAUGAUGUUGAGGAUAUUGCAGAAUUUUCAUUUCUUGAGGAGAACGAAUUAAAUUUUGGACUGGAGGACUGAGCAUGGGCACAGGCACGCCGCCGAGAACGCUGGAUGAUGGAACAACUAGAGUAAUCUGCUAGCAGUUAAUGCUCAGUUAUAUUCUCUGAGCACACAUUUUUAUGUUCUAUAGAUUUUCUCGUUUGCAAAAUAUUUCCCACAAACUAAUGAAUGCAUUGUAGAUUCUCUAUGCAGUUAAGUACGAUGCUAACAUGCCAGCCAUGAUCUAUCACUGGCUGCUUUGUUGAUAAAACAUGAACAUUUACUCAUGUCAGGGCAGAUCAGUUUGUCCAUGUAUGGUCUAUGACAGUUUAUAGAAUUCCUUAAUUGAAUAUUUCUGUCCAUUUUAAUUUAAAUCCUUUCCAUGCGUAUUGUUGCGAGCAAGAA